CAUUUCCAAAUUGUUAGUCUUCCUGGUAAGACCCUUUCCGGCCUGCAAAAUGUCCGCUCCGGAGAAUAGUUGUCGGCGCUGGAUCCAAAAAAAUUGGGUCGAUGGUCCCUGUAGGAAGUGCUUCGUGCCCUCCUGCGGUCCAUGCAUCGACUACAAGGUAUCAACGCCUUCAGAGAGCGUAGUCGAACCGCAGGCGAAUGUCAUACAGGCCACCAUCGAACCGGACGGUCCUGUGCGGCAGGAGAUCAACAUCCGGGCGGAGUGCAGCAAGGGUCGUCCGCUCCUGGAGUCCGACAAGGAUAAGCUCAGGUGCUGCACCAUGUGCGUGGCCCAGGAGCAGAAUCUUCGCCCAAAUCUCUGCUCGGCAGCGUGCAGGCCACUUCAGACCUAUUUGCAUCUGAAUGAGUGGACCAAGCGGCCCCUGCCCAAACCCACCUACAAACAUUCGGUUAUUCUGGACAAUAACACCAUGGUGGGUCGAUGCUUUCCAGUCAAAUUCCAGCUGAGACGCAUGAAGAACAAGUGCUUGGAUUGCGGCAACGAGCUCUACUACCGGUAUCCCAUCACGAACAACAGCGACCUCUUGCUUAUAAAGAACUGCUGUGAGGUUGAGGUAUAUCCGGCCAAUAAAGUGGAAAAUAUGAACAAUGUGAGGGUGACAAAGAUAUCCGGAGCCAAGAAGUUCGCCAACAGUCUGCUGAAGGAGCAUUCCGAAUGUCGACUGUUUACCCUGGCCAGCCAAAUCCCGAAAGAAGAGCCACCUAAGGAUCUGCUUGCCAGAAGAAGUACGCGAAAGAGCCGGAAGAGUUCUAGGAAAAGUACCAGGAAAAGUUCAAGGAAAAGUACCAGGAAGAGUAGGAAGAGCAGUAAUAAAUAACAUAAAAUAUCAAAAUCUCUGACUGGACAAUAAUAAUUAAACAAAUUACACGGACAAUAA